AAAAGCUGUCCGCACAUGACGUCAUUCGGUCCACCCAGGGAAACACUUUUCUGAAAGACCGGCUAUAAGAAUACGAUUAAAUAUGCCUCCUACGUCCCCAAACAUUAGCGAGUAUCGUGUGGUACUUCCUAUGACAGUGGAUGAGUAUCAAGUUGCUCAAUUAUGGUCAGUCGCUGAAGCAAGUAAAAACGAGACAGGGGGAGGUGAAGGUAUUGAAGUUCGUGUCAAUGAACCUUUUGAUGAAACUCAUCACGCACCCAAGUCAAAGUUAGAGGCUAAUGGUAAAACAUAUACCACUGGACAGUUUACACAUAAAAUCUACCAUUUAUCAAGUCGAGUUCCAGCCUUUAUACGUUUGAUAGCCCCUAAAGGAUCUCUGGAGAUACAUGAAGAAGCUUGGAAUGCUUAUCCUUACUGUAGAACUAUUAUUACAAAUCCAGAUUACAUGAAAGAUGCUUUUUAUAUAAAGAUAGAAACCAUGCACAUGGAUGAUAAAGGCAAUAAAGAAAAUGUACAUGGUUUAAUCCCAGAAGAUAUGAGAAUUAGAAAAGUUGUACCUAUAGACAUAGCCAAUGAUCCUAUUAAACAUGACGACUACAAAUUAGAAUGGGAUCCAUCAAAGAAUAAAUCAGAGAAAACCAGUAGAGGUCCGUUAGUAGGAAACUGGCAGGAAAAAGCUGACCCUGUGAUGUGUUGUUAUAAAUUGGUUUCCUGUAAAUUUAAAUGGUUUGGUUUACAGAACAGAGUAGAAAAAUUUAUACAAACUCAAGAAAAAAGAAUAUUUACAAAUUUCCAUAGACAAGUGUUUUGUUGGAUGGAUAAAUGGCACGGUUUUACUAUGGAAGAUAUCAGACGGAUAGAAGAAGAAACAAAGAACGAAUUAGAUGAGGCAAGAAGAAAAGGCAGUAUAAAGGGAACUAAAGGCACUGAUGAAGAAAAAUAAUGACAGGAAUCUUAGAUACUUAAUUUAUACACUCAUUCCUUUGUUUUUAUUUCUCAUGAUGAAAGCAAUCUUUUUUGUUUUUAUAUGUUUGUUUCAUUUGUUUCACAGAACAGAGCCACCUUUAAAAAUAUACAAUGGUGAUAUUAUCUAAUGCACAAAACCAGUAUUUUAUGUUAAUGUUUGCUAAUUAUUGUUUAUAUUGCCUUUGUCCGUCAGCUCCACAUCUCCAGUUUUAUUAUGUUAUUCUCACUAUAGGGCUUUCAAUUUUACCCGAUUUCAUUAGACUAAUUAUCAGUAGCUGAAAUCAUCGGUAAAUUGGCCUUAUAAAAAGUUUUGGACUCACACCCAUAUAUUUUUUGCUGAAUGAUGUUUGUAUGUUUGAUUUGUUGUAACAUUUAUUAACACAACAUUUUUUCAUUGUAACAAGCAAUCCUUCAUAAAUAAAGCUCAUCCCAUUAUUAUUCAUAUUUAUUUUUAAACUUCAAAAACUAGUGUUGAUUUAUAGAUUGCUUUACUGCUUAUAACUAUCUUCAUAGCCGUAGAAAUUCAUGAAAUUUAAAGAAGUAUUAGCAAUGUAAAUUUAAUGAAACCCUUUUGAUAAUUUUGGGGUUCUGUUAUAUAUUUGAACAUAUACUAGAUAUUCCAAUUCUGCCACACAGACUUUCCCAUAAUGUUUUAACAUCAUGACAUAAUAGUGUUGCAGAUUACGAAAAAGCGAUAAGGUGUGUAUCUUUACAAGUAUUCCAAUUGUGCCUACUGAGUCAGUUUGAGGUUUCUUACAAGGAAGAGUUGACCAUGAUACUAUGUUAAGAGUUAUUUAAUGAUGAGAUUUAUAAUUUUCAAGAGAGAAAAAAUAUAACCUUUGAAUAAAGUUUCAAGGUGAAAACAUGAUCAUAAAGUUCUUUUUAAACUUUUUUUCAUGUCUCUGAUUCUGGUCUUCUCAAAAGAUUAAAUUUAUGGGAAGGAUAUCGUAGCAAUUUAUCUUGAAUCCUUAAAUGUGGGAAAUUAACAACUCACCAAAACAGCUGACUUGACAGUUUUGCACUCGUCAAUCAUACAAUCAAUUUUAAAUCAUACUGCCAUAUUAUAUAUAAAGACUUUAUGCAUGUGAUAUUGAAUGAUAUAUUCAUUUCAUUCAUGUAUGAUUGCUUGAAGGGAUGUUUGUUUACAGCUUUCUUAAUUUAAAAAACAUAAAAAUCAAAAUUACAAUAUAUUUUGAAUAGGCUUGAGUUUUGUUUUUUUAUUAAGAUAACAAACUUCAAAUCUGUUAUAAGUCAUGAAUUGUUAAUUCAGAUUUAAAAAGAGACAUAUUGUGAUAGAAUACAGAAAAACUAGGGCUGAAUAAUUGUAAAUUCUCAAAAGUAAUUGAGAAUUCACUAAAGUAAUGCUCGCCAAAGGCUUCAAAAUAAAUCAAGAUUUUAUUGUAAAUACAUAAUGAAAUGAAAUGCUUUUCUAAAAAAUUUUAAAAAAAUUCAGGCUAGCUAAGAAUUAUGAAGUUUAAAAAAAGUAACAAAUCAAAACCACUACCUCUUAAUAGAACUUUAAAAGUUCAUAUACCUGCAUACAGUGUAGAAUAUAGUGUAUUUUCUUCUCCCUUUAAUAAGAGGUUAUUUUGAAGGGUUGUAAUUGUUAAGAAUUGUCAAUAAAACAAUAACAUGCAUUUAAUAUUUAGGUUGUGUAACAUUAGGUAAAAGUAUUUUUAUACUGCUGCUGCAUCAUUAUUGUUAAGGACUUGGCGUAAUAAAAACCAUGUAUCUACUAGAAUUUCAUUGUGAUAUACUCUUCAUUUUUAUUUUUGUUUUCUGUAUUUUUAUAUAUGUAAGUAUAAUUCUUACCCCUCUUAGCACACACAUUUGUUAUAUAUCUUCCCUCUGAAUAAACAUAAGUCAUGAGUUUCUUCCCUUUGAAUAAAAUAAAAUUCAUGAGUUUUUUCCCUUUGAAUAAAAUAAAAUUCAUGAGUUACUUCCCUUUGACAGUCUAACAGAAAAUCAGACUAAAAGAGAAAGACUAACAAUGUUCAUAAGAGUAUUGUGAUAUUUUUACCAAAUAUAAUGUCUCAAAAUAAUUGAAUCAGGAUGAACAGUAUAUUAUUUUGUUUUUGGUUCUGGGCAGGUCCUGUGAAAUGUUUAGUUUAGUGCAGCACAAAUUUGUAUAUUAAAUAUUCUAUAUUAUACAAUGUAGUACUAUACUGUUUUGUCAAUUAAGAGAUUUAAGAGAUAGCUUUCUAGGCUUAAAGCUUUCAAAAGUCGAAUCAAUGCCUUGUGUAGCAAUGUAUUAUUUAAAAGUUCUUUGUAGUUCACAUGUAUUCAUACUGUCUUUGAAAUUGGAGGAAUCUUAUGUUUACGUGUGCUACUGUACUAAUUUAUAUUCAUAAUACUGUUGAUUUUUGUGCUUUUAAUAAAUGUAAAAAAAUAACAGAGACCUUGGGUAAUAUAAACUUUGUUAUAACUUGUUUAUUUAAUAGAAUUGCUAUUAAUGUAUACACAUUUUUAAAGAAGAAGUCAGUUGAAACCUUGUUUCUGUACCAAAUUUAUAUCACCAAUACAACUUAGCUUGUAUUGGUCCAUUUUGAAUUUAGAAGUAAUAAAUAUUUUCUCAAAUUCUUAUUAUUUAUUUUGAUAUCAGGAAACCUAUCAAUUUCCUUUUUCGCUUUCUUUGGAGAUUGUAAUCAUCACUACAUAAAACAGGUUUUUAAAAGGGGAAGGAAUGGAGGGUUUUAGAGAGGCAAACA